GUAAAUCAGUCUUGGAAAGCGCCGCAAACAGCGCGCCCUGCAAUUACAUAUCUCUGUAAACUUUGAUACAUUUAUCCACUGUUAUUAUCGUUUUCACAUUUCAAGUGCUGCCCAGUGCGAAUAAUGGCUGAUGAGUAAAUAUCGAUAGGCAACCGAUCAUCACUAAGGCUAACAGACGAGACUGUUUGUCUGCAGCGCGAACUUUCGCGCGGAUUUCAUUCCGUUCAGUACUUGAGUAAAACUCGCAGACUAGACAGCUUGGCGCUCGCGGGUUUUUCUUCAGGCGUUACUAAAACUCAUUUUUUGGCGCAAAGUUAUUAAAGCUUGUUAGAAAUGAAUGAAAAUACAAUCGACGCUGAAGAUCAGCAGCUAAACUAUAACUUGCAAAAGCUUUACUCGGAAUUGUGCUUCUUGAUUGACGACCAACAACCUGUACAGAUUGCGGGUUGCAGCAAAGGCGGUGCUGCUAAGAGCGCUUUGCAAGAAUUUAACCCCAGAGUGCACGAACUAGCAUUCGAUUCGAGUGCUCCACAGUUUGAGUUCCAUAGAUUUGGUUGCAUUGAGUCACGGCUCAUGGGAAGGCGUCAGAUCCUGUCGAGCAACACUGAUCAUCAGAAGAAGCUGAAAUCAAAUGCGAUCCAAUAUGCAAACCUACUGCAAAAAGAGAACAUAUCGGUGGAGCUUACCAGGGACCAGAUGAAGUUGAUUGAGCUGUUUGGCAACUGCCGCGAGCGUAAUAUUGUGUUGCGCCUGAUCAACUUGUUCAAGGCGCUGCAUGAGCUUCUCAAUGCAGACUUUCCCAGUCAUCAGUUGAACUCGGUACCGUCUGAUUAUGUUUUCGAGUUGCCCAGCAAGCACACCAAGCCGAAAAGUUUGAACCUACGCCAUCAAGUGCAUGUGGUUUGCACCAAGUUGGAUCGCUUCAUUGGACGACUGCGUCGCUUACUGGAGUCCAAUCGUCACUUCGAUUACACCAAGUACGUUGAAUGCGAUCAGCUAAUCAAUGGAACCGCGCAGGGCCUCCGAAUUCUUAAGCAAUUCACAAAUGUGGAAAUGCGUCAACGCAAUUUGCAUCUUAUCGGUCGUUUGGCGAACGAGAAUGCUGCUCAGAUGGAAAUAGUAAUGGAAGAUCUGCAAGAGCGUUUGAAGUCUGCUCACAUUCACGUGUAUGUAUUCAACUGGGAAAUGGAUCUAGAGCAUCGUUAUUCAGCAACCAUGACAGCAAGUCUCGAGGAGAUGAAUAAGAAUGCUUUGGCACUGGCGGCCGCAGAGUCGCAUGCGGAUCAGUGCCGCCAAUUUAGUAUUGAAGAACAGGUCCUUGCCGAGCACUAUCAGCUGCGCAAUGUGGUCAGUUGUGCUAAGGAACACGAGGACUUUUUAACCGCACUGCUCAACUCACCCGAGAACUAUUUCCCACCCGAGAUCAUUGAUUUGUGCCAACCACCCAAGAUCAUGAAUAAUAUUUACUUGCCACCUUUGCCACCCGUAUUUAUCGAUGAGCUUGCAGACGGCAUAGAGAACAUGGUCUUUGGUGUCGACAUUCUCGGUUUGGCACCAUCAUCACCGCCCAGAGUGAAUCAUCGCUCCCAUGUUCCCAAAUGUAAUCGGGCUUAGAGACUCGAGCGAGACGGAAAUUGUUUACAUGGAUUAAGCAAGUCACACAGAAAAGCAACAAAUUUGUCGCCAAUUUAAGAACGGAAUGAAUCGCAUCAUAGAUUAUAAUCAACACUGAAACUUAAU